AUGGGAAGAACUUGCAAUCUUCUGUUUUCUCUUGCAGUUUUCAUUACACUUUAUCACCAUACUUCUUCACUUGCUAAUAUUAGCACUGAUAAAUCCGCUCUACUUACCUUGAGAUCUCAUCUUUCUUUUGAUCCUAACAACAUCCUAGCAAGAAACUGGUCUUCUUCCAGCCCGGUUUGCAGCUGGAUUGGAAUCACUUGUAGCUCCCGCCACCACCGAGUCACUGCUUUAAACAUAUCUAGCAUGCAACUUCAUGGUACCAUUUCUCCAUACCUUGGAAAUCUCUCAUUUCUUGUUUCCCUCGACAUAAGUUACAAUGCUCUCUAUGGAGAUUUACCAGUAGAGUUGGCUCGUUUGCAGAGGCUGAAAUUUAUAAGUGUCAGAAAUAAUAACUUCACUGGAGCCAUUUUAUCAUCUUUAAGUUUGUUACCGAAUCUACGGUUUGCGUACCUUUCGAUGAAUCAAUUUUCAGGAGAAAUUCCUUCUUUCAUUUCCAACAUAACAAAGAUGGAAGUGCUGAGUAUGCAAAGUAAUUUUCUAGAAGGAGAGAUUCCUCGAGAACUCGGUGAUCUUUGCUACCUGACCUUUUUAGAUCUGCAAUUUAAUGAACUUAGUGGCUCUAUACCAGCAUCAAUCUUCAACAUUACAACUAUGGAAAACAUUGGUCUUACCUAUAACAAUCUCACUGGUCAGCUUCCAACAACUAUAUGCGACCAUCUUCCAAAUUUGAAAGGACUUUACCUCUCAAAAAACUACCUCGGUGGUGUUAUUCCACCAAACUUAGGAAAAUGCAGAAAACUUCAAGUCUUGUCAUUGAAUUACAAUGAGUUCACUGGAACUGUACCAAGAGAGCUAGCCAACUUAACAGCUCUUACAAAAUUAUAUAUCGGAGGUCUUCAUUUGGAAGGUAAUACAACAAUUUCUUACUAG